AUGUGUGGUGGCUACUAUGGAAACUACUAUGGCGGCUGUGGCUAUGGAGGCUGUGGCUGUGGCUAUGGAGGCUGUGGCUGUGGCUAUGGAGGCUAUGGUUAUGGAGGCCUAGGCUAUGGCUAUGGAGGCCUGGGCUGUGGCUAUGGCUGUGGCUUCCGCAGACUGGGCUGUGGCUAUGGAUAUCGCUCCCACUCUCUCUAUGGCUGUGGUUAUGGAUGUGGUUCUGGCUGUGGCUCUGGCUUUGGAUACUACUAA